AUGGGUAAAAAGAUCAAAGUUGGAAAGCAGCGUCGUGAUAAGUAUUAUCACUUGGCCAAAGAAGCCGGUAAGCGAUGUUUCCUUUCAAUUCCAGUGUUUAGGAUGAAGUAAACUUUUUGCUAACGUGCUAGGAGACUCGUAAAAUUACUUUAUGUUGUUCGCCACUAACUUAUCUUAAAAUUUUUUUAGGUUUUCGAUCUCGUGCUGCCUUCAAGUUGAUCCAAUUGAACAGACGGUUCCAAUUCCUCGAAAGGUCUCAGGUUCUUGUCGACUUAUGCGCGGCUCCAGGUGGUUGGCUGCAAGUGGCGGCCGAGAAUAUGCCUCUGGAUUCCACUCGGAUUGGUAAGCUUUUUCAAUUAUUUUUUUGCGUUUUUAGGAUAGGAAAUGAGCCCAGAAAUAACCUUGACUUCCCUUCUUAUUUUAGGAGUGGAUUUGUGCCCGAUUAAAGCGAUUCCCAAGUGUAUUACCCUUCAGGGCGAUAUUACCCAUGAGAAAACUCGACAACAAAUCAAAGUCAAUCUUCCUCCCGGCCGAGAGGUGGACACAGUCCUGAAUGAUGGUGCUCCUAACGUGGGACAGAACUGGACGAAAGAUGCCUUUGAACAGAAUUGUCUUGUGUUGUCGGCGUUGAAAUUGGCAACUCAAGUCUUGAAGAAGAAUGGGUACUUUGUGACCAAGAUUUUCCGAUCCGCCGAUUAUGCCUCGCUCAUUCAGACGUUUGAGAAGUUGUUCAAGCAUGUUCAUGUUUGGAAACCAAGUGCUUCACGUUUGGAAUCCGCCGAGAUCUUCGUGGUGUGCGAAAAAUAUUUGAAGCCGGAGAAAGUGGAUCCGGAUUUGUUGGACAUCAAAAAAGUCUUUGUACAAACUUCAGCAGACAACACUCAGCACUUGAAUGUGUAAGUUGAAUUUUGAUCGUCUUGAUUUGUGUUUAGGCAACGUUUACUCUCCGGCGACAAGUUGAAGAAGGUUAAAGCUAUUGGAUACGACGAUGAUAAUAUCACCAUGUUCAAUGUGCUAAAAGCUUCGGAAUUCUUCGGCACGGGAGAUCACAUGAAGCUCUUGGAGAAGGCGAGUUGCAUUGAAAUUGACGAUGAGAAAAUUGCAAAUUCACCUUACACAACGGAUGAAGUUAAAGACAGUUUGAAGGACAUCAGAGUUUGUGGUGGAUCGGAACUUCGGAAGAUUCUGCAAUGGCGAAAGAAGAUUUUGAACGAAUGGGCGAAGGAGAAAAGAGCUGCGGAGUGGGUGAUUUUGAAGUUUUUUAUAUUGUACUAGGCGUGGAGAAAAAAAAAUUUUUUUUUAUUUCCAGGAAAGAGGCCGAAAAGAACAAGGAAAUUGAUCCCGAAGCCGAGGAACAAAGAGAGCUGGAAGAAAUCGACGAACUCAUUCGAAAUGCGAGUGCCGCCGAAGCCGCGAAAUUAAAGAAGUAAGUGCUUUUGAUUGUUUACGGGUUUUAUGGGAUGUUUUGUCCGAAUCUCAGCUAGAAACCGCUUCUAAUUUUAGGAAAAAGAAGAACUUAUUGAAGGAGAAACGUCGCCUCAGGGAAAGGAAACAACUUGGCAUGCAUCAUGAGGGAGAUGCCAUUGAUGAAGCCGAUGAUAUCGAUUUGUUCAAUUUAACUCAAAUCAAAAAGUCAUUGAAGAGGAAACAACUUAACGAUGAAGCUUAUGAACGCAUCAGAAACAGAGAUUUAAAGUCGGAUGAGAAGGACGAAAAUGUUUUGGAACAAGAUGCAUCUGAUAUUGAGAUUGACUCAGAAGAGUAAGAUUAUAUGAUUUAAUUUUUGAUUUAAAAUUUUAGUGAGGACCUGAACGACUCAGAAGGACAUUUUAAGACAGAUUUGAUCGAAAAUAAUUAUGAAGGAUUGUCGGAAAAGAUGAAACAAAUGAUUCAGAACUAUGCGGAUAAAGCUAGUGCAAGGUAAGUUCAAUUUUGUCUUUUUGGAUUGUGUUUUUAGAUUGGAAGGCACUGAGUCGGCUGAUGAAUCCGAGGAUGAAAUUAUCGAAGCGUCGGAGGAUGAGAUUGACGAUGAAGAAGCUGAAUAUGAAGAUUCGUCCGAGAUUGAUGAGGAGGAAAUGGAAAUUGAUGAAGAAUCUGGAGAUGAGACCGUCCAGAAGCUCAAUGAUGUUGGAUCAGACUCUGAGGAGGAGGUGGAAGAAGUUCAUGAGGAAUCGGCCGAGUCCUCGGAUGAAUCGGGCAUUGAAAUCGACAAGAAACCCACCGAACCUCCGAAGUCGUCAUUCGCAAACGGAGAUACCACCGAUAUCUAUAGAAGCGACGAAGAACUGGACGAAACGGACGAGCGGAUCGCCAAAAGAGAUGAGGAAGGCCCAGCGGCGAAGAAACGCCGCCUCACGCCGGCCCAACUCGCCAUGGGAGAGCGUUUGAUUCACUCGUCGAGAAGCCGCAAGGAUGUGGAAGAUUGGGCCAUCAACCGGUACACAUUCAAUGACGAAGGACUGCCUGAUUGGUUUGUGGAAGAUGAAAAGAAACAUUACAGAAAGGACCCACCAGUGAAUAAGGUAGGAUUUUUUUUGUUUGUUUUUUUUUGAGAUUUUUAGGGACAAUGAGUUAUAAAAAACGACUUGUUUUUUGCAGGAAAGAAUCGCCUUCUACAGAGAACGAUCGAAGGACCUGAAUGUAAGACCGAUCAAGGCGGUGGUUGAGGCCAAAAUGAGAAAGAAGAAGCGACAAAUUCGACGCAUGGAAAGGGCCAAGAAAACCGCCGAAGGAAUCCUCGAAAACGAAGGAAUGGACCAUUCGGAGAAGGUCCGAGAAGUUAGACGGUAAGUGUGCCUACUAAAUCGACAAGUUAUUUACUUGAAUUUUAUCAAGUAAAUAACUGAUCCAGUGACAAAAAAAUGUAUCAUUUUGCAUACGGGAAGUAUCAAAAAUGCAGCAAAAUACCUCCAUCUUCAAGAUAAAAAACUCCAAUUUCAAAAACGCAUCCCGCUUUUUGUGAGGGAAAGGGCGCGCUUUUGACAAGGAAAGUACUACUAUGGGGUAUGGAGUUACAGGUCGAGACAUAUAUAUCGAAAAAAUCGCAAAAUUUUUUUGAUUCGGAAUAUGUAAAAAUUAGCUGCCAAAAUUUGGUUUGUAAUGGCGAAAACCCCCUCAGAAGUUAUCUCGCAAAACUACAAAACCAGCGUGCUUUUGAUUUCGCCGGUGUUUUCUUCGAGAAAUACAUUUUUUAAUAAGACUUGAAGACCAAAAUUGGGCAGCUAGUUUUUAUAUUUUCUGAAUUAGAAAAGUUUUGCGAUUUUUUUCGAUGUAUGUUUUGACCUGUAACUCCAUACAGUGAAGGACCUGAUUCAAUGGCAAAAAACGUCUCCUUUUGCAUCCCGGAAGGGACCAAAAUGACUCCAAACCCUUCCCUUCUAUAGCUAAAAAAUUCCGCUUUGAAAAGCGCGCCCUUUCCUUCAAGGCGGGCUCUUCGAAGAGGGGUUUUUUAGCUUAGAGAAGGGAAGGGCUUUGAGACAUUUUGGUCCCUUCCGGGAUGCAAAAUGAGACGUUUUUUGCCAUUGGAUCCUGUCCCUCACUGUACUCUAUGGAAGUAGUUUCCUCGUCAAAAGCGCGCCCUUCCCCUCACAAAAAGACGGUGCGUUUUUGAAAUUGGAGUCCUUUCUCUUGGAGGAGGUAUUUUGCUGCAUUUUUGAUACUUCCCGGAUGCAGAAUGAUACGUUUUUUGCCACUGGAUCAGGUCCGCCACUGAAUAAUAAUAACGAAUUUUUAGUCUCUACAAAAAGGCGAUGCGCCCCGAAAAGAAGGACGUGAAAUACGUACGGAUGACGAAGGGAAGACGAGGAAGAAUGAACAAGCCAACCAGUGGCCCAUACAAGGUGGUAGACUCCAGAUUGAAGAAGGAUCUACGCUCCCAGAAGGCCGCCGACAAACGCAGUGGUAAAGGCAAAGGCCGCGGAAGAGGUGGGCCAGCAAAAGGCGGUCGCGGCGGACCUGGUCGGUCCAAGAAACCGGGAAAAGUUAAUCCACAUACAAAAUAAUAACCGUUUGUUAAAAAAAAAAUAUUUGUUGUGUUUUUGUUGAGAGUAAUAUAAAUUGUUGAUUUUGUCAUGCAAUCUCACGUAAGAAGGCUUUUCAAAUUCCCACGGAACACCUUUAACUAUGCAAAGUUGACCCCGCGAUUCAUUAUGCAGAAUAGCGGAGUAUCUAAUGAAGGGAAUUCAGUCCGAAACGAUGUUGAGACCGCUCAUGGACGUGUUUUUUGUCUCGGUUUUGAUUGUAAAUCUGUACAUCGCCGUAUGCAGUAUGGCAGAGAUCGAUUUGGGCUUGAAGUUGAACUUUGACGACGUGUUUGAAAAAUAUGAUGACGGAAUUCCCGAUUCUGGAGAGUUGACGUUUAGCGAUAGCAGAGUCAGCGAUGGUUUCGGAGAAGGUAAGGGGCUGUUGCUUCGGGAGAGAUUUUUGUUUUUAUUAGUAUUUUCAUAAAGUGCAUGGACAUUUUUUUCUUUCAUACAGUACAGCUUGAAUGUUUUCCACGCUUGUCGCCAUGCACUGUACGUUUUUUCCUUUCUCGCACCGUGCAAACAGCAAAAAAAAGCCUUUUGCACUGUGCGGAAACAGCAAAAUGCACAGUGCGUUUGCGACAAGAGGAGAAAAGUCCGACUGUGCCGCUGAAGCGCAAUUUGAUUUUGCCGCGAUACAAUAACUAUUUUCCCGACAGCCCGACACUAAUAAUACAAGUAGUCUUUCAGGUGGGGCAUACUGA